CUACAAAAAAUCAAGACUAGAAUCCAAUCCAAAAGUCGAUUCUAGUCCAAAAAAAAAAAAUUAAAUAUACUUUGAACUGCGACUGCGAUUCGCCGCAAAAGUAAAAAAAUAAAUUUUAAUCUCUCAACUAUUCUUCUGCGAUUAAAGUUUAGUUUAUAUAUUAUCGGCCCAAAAAAUACAUUAAAUUAAACACCAUUUUAAUCAUUAUAAAAGAAACCCUUAAAAUGUCACCACAAUAAUAGCAUAUAACGAGAUGGAGGCGAAUCUCAGUCUCAGCCCCAGCCAAGCGACGACACGGACACCAGCAAUAGACAGGGACAGGCUGGUCAGGGAUAUUAUUUCUCUACUAAUCUACCCAACAGCAGCCCCCGCAAUCGCAAUAAUAUAAAAGUUUUUUAAUACAAAAAAAAGUUAAAAAAAAACUCCCUAAAAUAUUAUUAUAUUCCGUCAAUCAUGUUGCUGUCGCCAUUCCUGUCGACGUCGCAAUUGCCAGGCAACCUCGGUAAUUUGGAUAGUAUUUGACUCGCUCGCGAUUUACGUUUUUUUUGAGUCAACAACUAGCAACUAGCAAUCAGUACGCAUAUUACAGAAUUUCAGACAUUUUGUAAAUAUAUUUAUCACAUCAGCGCAAUAAUUCAUAGUUUCUUUCGUUUUUUGGUUUGGACAUCGUCGUUGUACUCGUCGUCGUCGUCUUCGUUCGUUGUCAUUGCCUAGAAAGAGAAGAAACUAAUUGCAUAACACAUAUUUGUGGCUGUUGUGUGGUGUGGUACUAUUCGGAUUCGGGUUGUUUUUUUUGUGUGUUUCUUCUGUUUCUGUGUUGUUUGCUCUCGGCUCUAGUAGUUUUGCUUUUGGGGCUUUCGCGGUGGUUGCCUCUUCUUGAUUUGGUCGGUUUUUCGGCUUUUUGGUUAUAGAGUUCGAUAUCCAAUCCAUUUUGUUGGUUCAAUUGGGGGGGAGGGAAAAGGGAAGGAAAUUGAUUUGUUAUUGCUGCGCUCUGCGCGGUGGAGGCAACACCACACGGCCACAACCUGGACAGCUACAGCCGCUGCCAGCGGAAAGUAGCCGUAGCUAAAUUAAGGGAAUACAAUCCACAAUUAUCAAAGGCACAGAUAAAUCUAAAGCUACAGUAUAACUUGCCGCAGAAGCACAAGCAGCAAUCUGUGUUUGAGGUUGAAGAGAUUGAGAAGAUUGUGUUAAAAUUGACACAACAGCAGCAGCUCAACGACGAGGACGAGGAGAGCGAGCGAGCUAGAGCGAGAGCGACGUCGUCGACAUCAUUUCGAAAACGUCCCAUCGCCAUCGCAUCCCAUUGAUUCCGCAGUCAUAGUCGAGAGGACAUGGCCGUGUUUUUGAUCAACAUCUGCAAAUUCAAUGGCUGCGGAAUCACAUUUCCUAGUUUGGGUGAUUUGAUCCAGCACAUCGAGGAUACUCACAUUGAUUAUGAUCCAAAAGUUGUUGAACAAAAAGAACAAGCACAACCUGCUUGUUUGCCUCUCAGCUAUGUACUGCGUUUCAUAUCGGAUGCAGCCCGUAAAGAGAGCCCAUUUUUGGGCUCCUCUGGGGUGGAGCUCAAACGAAAGCUGGCUAUCAAACAUCACAGCUACAGCUUAUCGUCUUCGAAUCGCAGCAACACACCAACUGGUAGUGAACUGGACGAAGAUGAAAUGAUUGUCUCUGAGUCGGAGGAUAGUAAUGAUUCUUGGACUACAGAGGAAUUCAGUUCAGAGUUCAUUAUGAGAUAUGGGAGCAGGCAUUCCGGAUCGAGUAAUGGGACACCAGGGAAUGAGAAACCAUUCGCAUGUCCUGUUCCCGGAUGUAAGAAGCGAUACAAGAAUGUCAAUGGCAUAAAGUAUCACUCGAAGAACGGCCACAAAAAGGAUGGCAAAGUUCGCAAGGGUUACAAGUGUCACUGUGGCAAGAGCUACAAAACUGCCCAAGGACUGAAGAGCCAUGCACUGGUGGCACACAAUGCGUCACCGGAUAAUGUUACCAACGUUAUGGUGCGCAGCACAUCACCCUCACAGUCGCUAGGCUCACUUAGUCCAUCGAGUAUCAGCAACAUGUCCAGCAGCAAUGGCAGCUGUAACAACAUUAACCAGAGCACGAACGGUAACUGCAUUACUCAGGCACCACCGCCACCUUCAAUUCAACAGCAACAAAGUCAACAACAGUCCACACAGAUUAACCAUUUGACGAAUGGCGGCGGCAGUAUACAGCAACAACAACAACAGCAUACGUCUGUUGCCACCACAAAUAACAUCAAUCAAUCUGUUGCGGGUUCUGCGGUUGCUGCUACCAAUCAUUUAAUGCGCGGCAACAUUGGUCUCAUCUCCAUUAAGUCAUCAUCCAAGCCCAAUACGACGAAUCUUAUCGCGGCCAAUGUAACAGCCAGUAAGAUUCUGAAACUAGCAGCGGCAUCAGCUGCUGCAAACAACAAUGAAAGUACCACAGCAAUUUUGGAAAACGGUAAAUUAAAAUUUGAAGCAUGCACCACCGCUACCACAUCGACGACAACGCCAACAGCCAAAACAAUGACUCUACCAAAUUUAGUUAAUUUGGGUAUUCUAACACCUGCCACCUCACCAAAUAACAAAUCACAACAACAUACAACAACAUUUCAGACUUCUUCGGGUGGCACAGUAACCACUUGUGGUGGUGUUAGCGUUUUGAGCACUUUAAAUUUAAAUAAUUCAUCUUCCUCCUCUUCUGUUUCCUGCACGGCUUCCUCUGCCACAUUAUCUCAAUCUCAAUCGCUUAGUAAUCAGAAUAAUAACAUAACUAGUCUAAGUCCAAAUAAUAAUAAUGGUCAACACGAUCAAAACAACACUUCGCUUCCGCUAACUCCGAUUAGUCCAAAUAUUGUGCAACAAGCUCAAAAAACUGUUACUGUUGCCUCAGUUGCUACUGGCACAACCAAUGGCGGAGGCUUAACUAUCAGUACUAAUAGUAUUGUUGGCAGUAUUCAUUUAGCGACCACUUCGGGUAGUCUUGAAGAGACGUAGCCUAUACUCAAGACAUUACUUAUGCGAAGAAAGACAUAGAUUUUUUUAUUUGUUUAUUUCACAUAAUACAAACUAAAAUAUAAUUAACUUAAAUUCUAUUAUUCAAAGAUUGCGAACAUUUUGUGCAAGCUUUAAUCAUACAUAAAAUAUAUAUAAAUAUAUAUAUGCUAUACCCUUAGUAGAACAAAAAUAUAUAUAAAAAAAAAUAAGUAAAGUAUACUAAAACCAAAAAAAAAAAAAAACAAGCUUUCAGCAUGCUCACACAUAUACGUAUGAAAUAAAAUAGCACUUUAAAUGGGUUGAAUUGAAAUAUAAUAAUUAAACAAAAUUAUAGUCCAAGAAAAUUAAAAUAAAAAUCGGCAAUACAAGAGGCCAAUUAGUUCAGGUACCUAAUAUGAAUUAAUUUAUUAUUAUUAAUUUGUUAGUUAGGUAUUUUGCCGUAUAAUAUUACCAAAUGUACUAAAUGAGAUUCAAAAGUAUAUAUUUUGAAAACAAUCAAACCGUAAACCAUGU